CUGUUACUUGAGGUGCUCAAGGUCGUGUUAGCAACACAGUGGCAAUUUCAACUAAGUGGUGACUUUUGCACCAUUUUCAGUUAAAAUACUUAUUGGAAGGCCCUUUGAAGGAGUUUAACUCUCUAGAGCCUGAUGUCUAUGAUAAGCGAGGUCGGGUCCUCUUUGCGUAAAUAUGUUUUUGAAAAACUUUCCAAAACACCCGGAUGGAAGGUUUUGAUUAUGGAUGAUGCUGCCACACGUGUAUUAUCAUCAUGUUUCAAGAUGCAAGAUAUAACUGAGUACGGUGUAACUCUUGUAGAAUCUCUAAACUGCAAGCGUCAAAAACUAAAUAUGCAUGCAAUAUAUAUCAUGAGGCCCCGAAGAGCAGAAAUAGAAUUGCUUUUACAAGACUUUCCUGAAUCAAAUCCAACUUAUUCCGCUGCGCAUGUUUUCUUUUUGUCUUCUUGUCCGAACGAUUUGCUUAAUCAGAUAAUUGCUUCACAAGCAGUCCGACGUAUUAUGAAUAUGAUUCAGUUGUCAGUGGAUUUUAUUCCCUUGGAAUCUCAUCUGUAUUCACUAGAAGCCACGGAAAGUGCUCAACUUUACUUUUUGCCAUCAGAUAUUGUUCAUGACAAACUCAGUCGAAUCGACCAGAUUGCAGAACAACUUGCUUCUGUUUGCAUAACUUUGCAAGAGUAUCCAAAAAUUUGUUACCAAAAGACAGAGAGUAACCUCGAAUUGGCCCGUCUUGUGCAAGUGAAGUUAGAUACCUAUAAGAGCGAUAACCCGAUUUUGGGUCAGGGCUCACAUAAAGAUCAAAGUCUUUUGUUGAUUGUUGACCGAAGUUUGGAUCCCGUUACUCCUCUUUUGCAUGAAUUGACAUUACAGGCUAUGUGCUAUGAUUUGCUCACUGUGGAGGAAAACACAAUCGAGUAUAGUGGAAAUCGCAAAGCAAAUGUUGCUGAUGGCGAUGCACUGUGGAAAGAAUUUCGACAUCAGCAUGUUGCAGAUGUCACGAGGGCACUUCCUCAACGUGUUCGUGAAUUUGCUGAAAGUAAAAAACAAUUUGUUGAAUUCGAAGAAGCUAAUUUGGAUAAUGUUCCAUCAAAAGAAGAUACAAAUAAAAAUACUGUCGAUAUAAGAGAUUUAUCUGAUCUUAUCAAACGUAUGCCACAAUAUCAAACAGAAUCGGCUAGUUAUGCAGCUGCUUAUCAUAUUGUUGAGACUUGUAUGGCUACAUUCAAAAAAGGUGUUGAUAAACUAUGUGAAAUUGAACAAGUAAUUUCACUUAAAAGAGAGUAGUUUUAGUAUUGUGAAUAUUGUGAUUUUUCCUUUUUGCUGGUUAGAUGCGGCUAAAAUCAAGUGAAUUUAUCAUGACAGUAUCAUUAAAAAUAACUAUAGGACUCUCAUUUGAUGUCUAGAAAUAUCAGUAUUUAGAUUAGUUGAAGAGGGAAGGUGGCUUUCUAUAGUUUAUGGGGAAAGAUAGGAUUAUAUUUAUCAUUAACACAGGUAUGUUAUUUAAUUUGAUAAAUUGUUAGAAAAUCCUUAACUCAAUAAUUGUUUGACCGUAGUUGAAUGAAAAUAAACUAAAAAAAGUCAUGGAGUGUUAUGACUAUUUUCAUUUUCUUUAAGAGAUUUACUGGACAAUAUAAUCUGGACACUUGAAUCCAUUAUCAGAACUCAAUCUCGUUUAUUCAAAUACGUAAUGGAAGUGCGUAACGGUAAACAAAACCACCGAACUCGAAACUAUUCAGUUGCAAGUUGUUUACUCAGCAUCUGUCUUAGUAACAUUCUGUAAAGAACUGUAUUGGGAAGUUAUCACAGUAAAUUGUGUUAGUCAGCGAUGACGACUCUCUACACUUAUCGCAUAACUUUUUAUAGAUGUAUUUCGAGAAGUGAGUCUUACUUUCUGUGACCUUUUGUCUGUUUUACCUACAUAUACGUUGGUUCACUAAAAUCACGUAAGUAAAGUAUUGCUGAUAAUCGGUGACACCAAAAAUAUUUCGUCUAGGGUUUAUUUUUUCCCGGAGAUAUCCUGUUUUAACUCCUGUAGAUCUGUCAGGUCAGUCUGUAUGAAGUCAAAGUAUAUACAAAUACAACCUGGUUUUCAUAAACUUAAUUUGUUCCUAAAACUUAGUGUUAUUUUAACUAGUAGAGAAAUAUGUAGUUUAAUUAUUAGGGCAAAGGAAAUAAAACAUAUACAUACUGAAUACUGAUGGGAAAUGAGACAAAUGAACAAUGUAUAAGUUAUUUUUUGAAUGAGAUUACAAUAUUUAUCGAUUGGUACUCACUCAAAGAGAUACCAAACUGGUACGUGUUUAAAGUUUAUUGUGAUUUGCAAUUUAUUUAAUUUUGGGCGUAACUCACAUUAUACACAUGGAAAAACAUUAAAGUUGUUUAAUAAAGGAUAUUACUUCAAAAAUAAACCGUGUAUAUUAUUCUAUUUUGGUAUUGGUUAUUUUAAUAUUCUCUACUUCUCACUCGCCUGUAAAUAUGAUAAGAAGUUAGGAUUUUGCUAGUAAUAACUUUAGUGGUAAGUUUAACCAACGAGUAAACAAAACAAAGGUAAUCUAAGUUAAAGGCCUCUAAUAUUAUUGCUAUGAGGUUGUCACAUUAGAAACUGUACAUUAUUUCAUUGACUGCAGUUUUAGAACAUAUUUGAAAAAGUGAUUAAGGAAGUAAUGUCUUUUUGGAUUAAUGUUAAACGUCUGGAAACGACAUUUUUGCCAAGUAAAAGCAGUGUAUCAAGACUACGAGGGAGUGUUUUGAAGUUUUCAGUACGGUCUCAAUAUCUUACGAAAUAUGAAAUCACAAUCACCUACUUAUAGAAUACGUAGAGCUAUGACUUAGUAGCUAAAGCGUUUGACUUUCAGCCACUAAGUCCCAGAUUUGAAGUCCACUUCACUCUAUCUACUUCGAUUUGAGCGACCAGGUACCAUCGUAAGCUCUCAAACCUACACUGUCUCAUACCCAACUAUCUGAUGAAUGAAUUAAUAGGAUAACAACAUAUAAAUCACAUUAUGGUUCUCAGUCAACUGGUAAUGAGAAUACUAAGUUACAUUAAGCGUUCUUAUGCUUUUGAAAUAUAAUGAUAGAUGAAAAAACACGAAGAACUACUAAUACACAAUCGAAUCCUGGAUUUAUAAAGAACUACAAGUGAUUAUCUCCCAAUAGAGAUAACUGUAACAAUGUAUAGCGGUUUUUCCUUCUAGUUUCCACAAAUACAUUUUUCUUAAUUUACCAAAUGUCUACACCGCCUAUGUCCAUCGAUUCCGAAGUCUUCUUAUUCCCGUUUGAACAUACAGGACAUAAAAUUCUUAUUGCAUAUAUAUUAAUGAGGGAAAAAAAAGAAAGUAGAUAUUAGUGUAGUCACUAUUUAUUAGUGUACUUAUGGUAAUUCUCUGAAUAUUCUCUUUUAAAAGGAUCUUGUGAUGGGUGAGAAUGCAAAAGGAGAACCUAUAACGGAUCCUAUGCGUGUAUUGGUUGAUAUUUUCAAAUACGAUUUUACAACAGUGGAAGAACGUUUACGUCUUUUACUUAUAUUUACUCUUAUAAAAGAGGGAUUUGCAGAAACACACUUAGAUAAAUUGUUGGAUUGUGCUCAAGUUGCACGUUCGUUCAAACCACUAUUUGCAAGUCUUUCAUUCAUUAUGAAUGCUCAAUUAAUUCAAUCUGAUCCCGUCACUAUAUCGUUGCCUAAUCAGACAAAUGUCCCACAAUAUCAAUUGGGUAGAUGCGUAUCUCUUCUACGUUUACCACCAAUUCCAAAAGUUAGCCAAUUAUUACAGACAUACCUUCCAGUAAAAAAGAAACGUGUAGAUCGUGUUAAUGCUAGUUCAUAUGCAUUAUCACGAUGGACACCGUAUAUUUUAGAUAUUAUGGAACAAGCUAUUUCGGGUAAGCUGGACAAAUCACGUUUUGGAUUCGUUGUAGCAAAAGGCAUUAAAGAUGUGUUUGGUCUCGGUAAUGCAGUGGAUACUAGUUCUAAGGAUUUUAAAAAGCCUUCCGCACGAUUUCAUGCCAGUGGUGUUUUGUCUGCAGGUCCUUCAGCAUCUGUUAGGUCAUCUAGUCCAAAUCCUGGUUCGGAUCGGAAUACAGCUGCUUCUUCUAUGACUGAACACUGUGGUCCUCGUCUUAUAGUCUUUGUUGUUGGAGGUUUCACGUUAUCAGAAGCCAGAGUGGGUUACCAGUUAACGCAAAGAGUAAGCUUCUUUUAUCGAAAUUGAAACAACAUCUUUAUCGCUUAUGAUAACAAUGUGUUUUUUUAAAGGAAGUAUUACAAUUUUAACUUUUAUAAAUUUCAAAGAAACAAUAGAGUUCGACGAAUUCUCAUUAACCUCAAAUUCUUGAUCCACUUUAGAAGUAAAAAAGGCACAUGGAAUAGUUCAUAUCUGAAUCUUAAUGGCUUUUUCUUAAUCACCUAAAGAACGAGUGAUCAAGAAUUUAUUUGACUAAGUGGGAAGGUUAUAUACUACAUAAUGACUGGUACAAGAAUUGAUAAAUGCCUUUAAAAUAGUGAAUAUCCAUAAAAAUCCAUUGAUAAACAUGUUUGAAAGACAGAGAUUAUCGACAGAAAGCUUUACGAAUUACUAACUUUCAGCAUUCAUCAGUUAUUAAACAUUAAGCUAUUACCUCUGACUCAGUCUUUUUAUGUAAACCGUUAUUUAUCAAAAUUACAGGUCCAUAUAUACUCUUUCCUAUGUUACUAUCAAAUAUAUGUAUCAUUUUAUGUUUAUCUGGUAGAUCAGUUACAUUUAUAUAACACAAAGGAGAGGUUACCCUAUAGUAUGCUCAUCAGUGGACUAUUGAUAAUCCCAAAAAUUAAAAGCUGUUAUGUUAACGGGGUAUGAACUGGACCAUAGUGAUACCAAUAAUGUGUAGUUGAGCAUCAAAAAGCUAGUGUAAUACAAGGUUAUAUAACAGAAAAGAAUGGUUUCUAAUAGUUGCAUCUUAAGUUGGAUUGGAUUUCAGUGACCUACAAAAUCUGUAUCUUCUAAUCCCUUGUGUUCGAUAUUUUGUAUAUGAACAUGUUAUUUUUUUAUAGAAAAAAGUCAAUUAUCUUGUCCUUGUUAUCAGCUUGCAUCAAUAAACCGUCCUUAUGAGCAACUAUCAAACCGAACACAUCGUUAUGAUUAGGUUUAUCCAUCGGUAUGCACUCUAUUCAUUUAUUUUAAAAGCGAUUAAACCGCACAUCAUUCAUCAAUAAGGUAUUACAAAUUUCGAAAGUUGAGUAGUACACGGAUCUGACGAUAGUGCGAUCCAUCCCGAGUUAUUUCACUAAAUCUUCAACCGUUUUCUGUUAUCUCCCUAUCAAAAUUCCAAAACAUACUUUCUUACACCAAGUGAAUUGUAAUAAAUGAUGCAAUUAGUUUUCUGUUCUAAAUAUUUAAUCUAAUAUAGCCUCCCAUUCUCCUUGAUAUUUUUAGUGUAAAUAAAGUGAUUGUUCAAUGUAUUUGUUUUCGUAUUACUGUCUAGUCUUGUUUAAAUAAGUGUGGAGUGUUUAAGGUUUCAAUGUUAUAUCUCAUUCAAAACUGUUGGUCACUUUCAACAAUGGCUUAUGAAUUUUAUGUCAAUUUGAGAUGGAUUACUUUUUAACUAAUAAUAAUAAGAAAGUUAAUCAUUUUUAACUUAUUUUGUUAGUGUAAGGAAACCCGUCUUGCAGCUAGUGAUAAGAAUACAAAUAAAAUAAAUACACCUACAACAGAAAAUAUUUCAACAAUCCCCGGUGGAGGAGUUGGUUGGAACUGGGAAGUUGUACUUGGUGGUACACACUUGUUGACACCAAAAAUAUUUCUGGAUAAUCUUGAAGGCAUUGCAAAAAUCAUAAUGCCACCAGUUUCAAGUACACCAAUACCUGAAUCAGUACUUCGUCGUGUCUCAAUUAUGAAUCCUUUUCGAGGGUGAAUUAUUGUAGCCAUUAUUUAGUCCAUAACAAUUAGAUUUGGGCUAUUCUCGACUACGCCGUGAUUGACAUGUCAUUAUCAGUUAUAAUUAUUUGCAAUAAGUCUGUAAUUUUUUUAUUACCGAGACUACAUUCCAUAAUAUCUAUUUUUGCUUAUCAACUGUGAUUUUCUUCCACUGUAGAAGACUAUUAUUUGUUAUUAAUCUUUUCUGUGUUAACAUAUCUCAGUGAGAAAGCUGUCCAUGUCAUUUGUAAUCUUUUUUUUUUUCAAAAAAAUGGAACAACAAUUGAUCCAACAACUAUUUGUUUUUUUCUAAAUUUAAUUUUUGAAACCCCUGAAAGAAAGAUGUCCAUGUGCAAACAUUCACUAGCUUGAUAUAAUGAUGUUCGUUUUUACUGAAUCUAUUUUUUUCUAUUGUAACUUGGUGUGUAUGUGUGAAUGACCAGAAAUAUUGCCUUAAAUUACAUUGUGAUACAUUGAUUUUAUUAGACGAGAACUUGUUUGUUUUUUUACUGGGAACUCACCAGUUAGAAGCUUUUGUUGAUAUGAUAAGUGUAUCUCAAGUCACCUCGAAACACUGAAGGAUUCCUCCUUGAAAUGUUACUUCCUGUAUUACAAGCAAUAUUUAUACGAAUGGGUCAUGAAAAUAAACAACAACAAGACUUUAUUACUAGUAAGAGAAUAAGUAUGAAAACACGUAAUUCGUCAUUGUUUAUCUUACCGAUGUUUACAAAGUGAUCAAAGGAGAUCAUAUAUAUCUGGCACUUAUUAAGGAAUAUAUGACUACCCCUUGAAAUCCAUACAUAACAUAGGUUUUAUGUAAAACAACGACUCUGUCCACCGCACUUUCAUUUAGUAUCUGUUAGUUCCUCGCUAUCUUGUGUCAAAUCUUCCCUUCAUUGUGAACACCUGUAUGAUACUAUUAAUUCUAGGCAAUAUUUCCCUCUGGUACAUUUGUUCAGCCUUUUUUUGAAUUUAGUAUGUCCAUGCGAAAAGAAGCAACGGAAAACACUACCUUCGGAUAUACAGUCAAUAAAUGUUGAUUAAUUCUUUUUGAAACUUUGUUUUUGCCACUCCAGCUUAUAAGUGCCAUGUACCAAAUUUAACUUUCGGUAAUUGUCUGAAAUUAUAAUAACAUCGAUUCUCCAAUUCAUUCUUAUCACGAGAUUCUGGUAGGUUUGACUAGUCUUACUACCUUUUAACUAUUUACGUAGAAACCAGAAGUGGUUUAUGUUUCAAAGGUGCUUAAUAUUCUUUAAUGCUUACUUACUGAUAGUCUAAAUGCAAUAUUUUAAUUAGGCAUAAAAUUCUUAGUUGCGGAGUUCGUAACUAUAUGUGUGGGGAAGCAGCAGUUCCUGAUAAUUUAACUCUACAGGUUUUCACGUUGUUAUUCAGGCUUAUCAAUCAAAUUGAUCGAGUCGGUCAGUCAUAAACAACGUAGAGCCUGGUGCAUUUAUCCAAGUUGCCGAACCGCUUCGGGAUAGCGAGAUGAUAUCAAAACGAGCACCAGAAAUGUAAUACCUAUGAUACAGAAGGUAAAGUCAUAAGGGAUAUAAUUCAAGAAUAAGUGACUCACGAGAUGAUGUUAUGAAACAGGGUAUAGAGAACAAAGAGUGGAUGUAUCUGCACCACUGAGGCGCAG